AUGAACCCUCACACCAUUUCAGAUGGCCUUCCUGUACCUGGCUCUCCAGUACCAUUGGAAUUGGAAGAGGGCAAAAUAGGGGAGAGUUCUAACUUAAUCUUUGCAGACAAUUCUCUGGCAAUGACUGUAGACUACAUUGGCAAGCCUCCCAUCCCAUCACCUUCCUCUGCUGUUGCUCAUUCAUCAUUGUUCCCCUUGUUCAAUCAACAGUUGUUGCCUGCUGUCCUGUCUCCUCCCCCAAUCCUUUCUGAUUCAUCAUCACAUGCCACCCCCCCAUUCAGAUCUGAAUGGCCAUCACUUGCUAUCCCUUUGCCCCCCCUAUUUGGAAACCGACUCAGUGUUCCAUCUGUCCCCCCUUUUGUCUCUGACAGGGGGGAUCUUUCAUCAUUUGCUCUCCCAUCGCCCCCACUGUUUGGAAUUAAACAUCCAUUGCUUGGCAUUCCAUCUCCCCCUGCUCUCAUCACUGACAAGGGGGAUCCCAUCAGUCUGAAUGAUGACCCCAUCCCCUUCGUGUCCUGCUGCCCAAACAUUCAGCCAAUGCACCCAUCUCUCGAGUGCAACUCCUCUCUUCUGAAACCCAGGUCGGCUUCCACUCCAAACAUGGAUGAGUCAUCUGACUUGGACAUGUUGUCAUCAAAUCUUUUUUCAGGGCUUCAUAUGUCUUCAUCCUCCACUGUGCCAUCUGAUGAUAGCAACUGCAAGCUGUCAUCAUCCAAGCUGUCCUAUUGGUUGGAGCACAAGCACUCCCAAAUGGACUUUGACUACUGGAAGGUGAAGGAGAGGAAGUCUGCUCAUGUGGAGGAUCAGGAGCACCAGUUGCAAAUACAAUGCAAGCUGCAUGUGCAUGAGCAAGCAAUGGUGGCUCAGGAGGUUGAGAAGAUGAAGCUUGUGGUUCAGCUGGAGCAGCUUUGUGUUCAGAAUCUCACAUUGCAGAAAGGCAUUGCAGGUGGUGAGGACCAAGGUACUUCAUCUGAUAGUCAGAAUAUUCACUUCACCUUCUGA